AUGAUUGUUGAUACACAAGCAAAAGCAGCAAUAAGGCCGAGCCUCAAGACGUUUCUCGGUGAUGCCAUUGCAAAUGCUGUCCUAGCUGAGCUUGACGGCAAGCGUGACCUCCGGUCAGCUCUGAAGACCGUGGUUACCGACCCGGUUGCACAGCAGAAGGCCCGGCUGAUCACCGAUAUAUGCGAGAUAACAAGCUUAAAUGUUCCGCUUUUAGUCGCACUUCUGAGAGAGGUACCAACUAGUGUGCAGGACGUUGCUCGUCAUCACUUUGAUAGCGACAGCGUCACUACAACCGUCGAGGAAACAGUCCUCUUUGAAUACUAA